AUGGCUAACGUCCAACAUCGCCCACUAGCAUCCACAUCCACCGCGUCGUCCAGCGACAAGGUCAGGAAACUAUGGAAGGACUUCGAACGCACCAUCCCAAACGGGCGCAACGUCAUGGAGCACAAAGUCAGCGCAGCAUUAGUCAAGGCAGAAGCAGAGUACCAGAAGAUGCCCGAUAAAUCAAGAGUUCCAAACGAACAGCACGAAGAGAUGAAGACUAAUCUCUCAAAGAAGAUCAGGCAGGCUUACUACGACGGCGUCGUCGCCCAGUGGCACACAAAGCUCUCACAGGCCGGACUCAAGGCGGAGGACUGGUCAGACAUCACGCCAGAGGAGAUGGAGACCGUUGCACAGGCUCUCGGUGGUGGAAUUGACGCACACAGUGAUGAAGACAUGGUCGUAGUUCACCCAGCCGUGAACCCUGUGCCACAGACGCCCUUCCUAGCAGCAUACGCUACCUCCCUCAACCAACGCCCCAUUGCCCCAUCUUUCUCAACCUCCACAAGAACCAGUAACGUCUCUACGGUAUCCACUGCUUCAUCUGCAUCUAGUUAUGCCGUUGUAAAUCCGAGUGAAUUCCACUCUGAAGAAGAGGACGACUACUUUUACAGUAAUAUCGCCACAUCUCAUGAGACCUCAGGUUCAGAAGAUGAAGAUGGCCUUCCAACAACGUUCAUCGCUCCCAGCCGCAAUAACCACUUCGGUGGGUGGAGCAGCAGUGAAUCAUCCUUGCAUAACUCCGUCGACAGCCUUUCCAAUGUCCCCUACACUCGUCCUCCCGUCUCCAACAUCAUUCAAAACAUGCCAGCAAACAGCCGCCCAAUACCUGCCAGCAAACCCGCUUCGAUCGCCCAGACCCCGAACGAAAAUAUCCAUGCAUCAUCCUUCGCUUCUACUUCCUCUGGUGCCUCUCCGAAAACCAAAGUCCGGCAGACGUACAUCGGCCCGCAGCUGGAGGAUCCUAACGAGCCACUGUCGGAGGCGGACGACUUUGAACUGUUCAAAAUGCAAACCCGUAUGCAGAAAAUCGUGGAAUUCCACCGAGAAGCUGCCCUGGCUGAGAUCCGGCUCUUCAUCGAGAUAUACAAAGAUCGAAAAGCGUCGGCCUCUGGUGGAACGGGUGUCUUGGGAUUAGGAGACCGGAAGGAUGUGUCGGCCCGUGUUAUCGAGCACCAGAAACGGAUGAUGCAGCUGCAAAAGGAGAAAGAGGAUGAACGGAAGACCACUGUCAAAGCCGAGCGCGCAAAACGCAGGUCGGAACUGCGCACUGGUGGGCGUCCGGGGCGGUCGAACACUAUUGUGGCCCCCGUUCCUAGCGCUAUGGUCAACCCAGCUUGGCUGACGAGCUUCCAGGAGAGCGUCUCGGCGCAGGUGGAGACGAACUUCGACUUUUCAAAAAUAAUCUCCGAGAACCCGGACGAGCGAGAGGGCAAUGUCGAACAACUGCUGAAGAAUAUGUUCCCCAAUUCGGACAAUGCAUCCAUAUCAUACCCGACAUCUGUUUCCUCAGCAUCGAACAGUAGGUAUAACCUAAACGCCACCCGGGAUGGAGAGGAGUAUGAUUCUGACCCUGCUUCACCGUACGACUCUGGGCAGCGCUGGAAUCCUAAUUCUGGCAUGGGUGUGGGCAUGUCGUCAGCGUCCGCAUCGGCUUCCAACAGCAACUCGAGCAGCCGGCAACCCAGUCGCACCCAAAUGCAACCACAAAGGUAUUCCUCCGCCUCCGCUGCAGCAGCCAAUGUAGCUGCACAAAGUGCAAUGCGGAAAGGCAAGGGCAAAGGGCGGCCGUCUCCAUUUGGAGAGGACUCCGGGUCGGAAUCUGACCCCAGUGACGAUGAUGAUGAUGACGGCACGCAUGGGUCCCCCGCGGGUGUAUCAAAUGCAGGUGCCACUGGAUUAGCCCGGUCCUUGAAUGACGAGCUAGCCAACCAGCUGCAUCAGGACUCAGUGUUCGCCGCCGCGGUGGCUCAGUAUGGCGGGCUGGGUGCCGGCAUUGGCAUGGGCAGGACGUCGAACUCGAGCUCUCCCCCGAUGCAAUGGCAGCCUAGCAAUUCAAACAGUUUGUAUGAACAGCAACUCCAAGCGCUAAUGCAGCAGAGUCAAGCACAAUUGCAAGAGCAGCCUGUUUGGGGACGCGCGCCAUCGGUGCAGCCUCAGUCUAGUAUGUGGAUGCCGAAGGAAGCCCGCGCGACGCCCGUUGCCAGUGGCUGGACAAGGAAGAGGACCGGAAGUAUUUUGUCAUCGGACGCCCCCAAAGCAUCGUCCAGUCAUUCAGGUACCCCAUUGAUGAGCGCAUCCGACGCGUUUGGCUCUUCCCAAGUAGAUAUGUAUGCUUCCGCAUCUGCGGCAUUUGGUCCUCAUUUGGGUUCAUCAACCUCCUCUUUUGCUCCUGCCUCUUCAAUUUCGACAGCUGGAAAAGGCAAGAAGACGAUGGCAUCGUCUAUGCUAGAGCAACAGCAGCAGGAACGUUACGCCUGGGAACAGGACGAUCAGCAGACCCCAUCCACAAAAUCAUUUGCCGCUGGCAUCUUCUCUUCGUCUAUCUCCAAUGCGAAGGGCAAGAAACCUUCAGUGGAACCGCAGCAACAACAGCAACAGUCCAUCUGGAAUGAGCCACCCAAGCAGCAACAAUCCAUCUGGAAUGAACCACCAAAGAAGGCAACCCCGCCAUCUACGGCAGCGAACAGCAAACAAUCUAUCCCUACCCCUGCCCCUGCCCCUGCACCAGCGGCGGCUCCUGCCCCGUCUCCACCAGCACCCGCUGCCCCGCCUAAAGUCGAAAAAGUUGCCCCGGCUCCAGCUCCAGCUCCACCGGCGAAAAAGAUGAACAAGAAGCAGCGUCAGGCUGCGAUGAAGAAAGGUGGUGCUGCUGCCGCCGCCGCACUAGCUGCCGCUGCCGCCGAGGAAGCUGAAGCCGAAGCCGCUGCUGCUGCCGCCGCUCAGGCUGAACCCGAACCCGAACCUGAACCCGCCGUCGUGGAACCUCCCCCGCCACCACCGCAGCACCAGGAGCCUGCGUCUCUGAUGUCUAAGAUGAUGCCUUCGAUGGGCAUGGGUCGUGCGCGCAAGGACUCCAUUACAUCCGCGUUUGGGUGGGAGGACAAUGUUGUCACCACUCCCCGACCUGCGUCCAAGAUUCCAGCGCACCUUCAACAGCACGAGGCGGCAGGCACGCCUCGCCCAGGGUUGCCAAAGAAGUUUGGUACAUCUGAUUCGGCGUCUGGGCUUGGGAUGAAUGCGAGUGGAACAGGCACGAUUAAACCUUCGCAGUGGGGCGCUAGCGCAGGUGGCAGUGCCAGUAACAAGUCGAUCUUCAAUUUGUUUGGCGGGUCCGCGGCUCCCUCUACUGCAUCUGCGGGAACCAGGCAGUCAGGCAUGAGUUCAUCGUUGUUCGGCAAAGGCGGUGCUCGUGUGCCAGGUGGAUUUGACGUCGAGGAUGAUGAUGGUGGUGGUGGUGGAGAUGACGAUGGCGGCGGCGGCGAGUACGAAGAAGAGCAAGAGGAGGUCGAGGAGGAGGAAGUGAGCCCGCAGGUACAGAAAGGGCCUGCCGCUUCGGUUUGGGGUUUGAAAACUGGCAAGGCAUCGGCAACGGCUCAACAGCAACAAGUCCCACAGCAACAACCAUUAUCUGCGGCACAGAGAUUCAGACGCAUGUCCUCAGCACAGUCGAGCACACCUAUAGUCAAGGUUGCCGCUCAAGCACCACCGGUACCAGCACCUGCACCUGCACCUGCGCCCGUAGCAGCACCAGCUCAACCGGCAGGUAAGAAGGGCGCACGUGCAAAGAAGAAUGCCAAAGGCAAAAAGGCUACAGUCGAGGAUGUCCCAGACGAGGAGGUGGACAAUCGAGGUGGCAGCCUACCUGUCGAUUCCUCUGCCCUGCUCCUUCCAGCUUCACCUUCACCAACAAAGGCUGCGCCGUCGAAAGUGAUCCUCGAGCCCAAGCCCAGUGUGGCUCCUAGAAUGUACAGUUCUAUCAUUGAUUAUGGUGAUGGGGAGGAGGGAGAAGGAGAGGAGGAGGAUGCUUACUUUUCCUCGUUUGCUGCCACGCCGUCGACUGCCCCUAGCUCACCACCCGACCCGUUUGGCGGUGACGAUGCACGGCUGGCUGCAGCUAUCAAAGAGCUCCAGGAAGGCACCUCAAAGAUGUCGAAGCUUCUUGGAGGUGGUGGGGCGGGUGGGGGAAGUGGAGGGGCGUGGGGUAUUUCAGCAGGAGAGAAGCGACAGCAACCGCAGCUAGGGCAUGCUACAUGGACACCCAGCGUCAGCGAAGCGGAACAAAACCCGUCAACCUUCCCUUUCGGAUCUCGUUCAGGAGCAAAAGCUACCAGUACGCAGCAGCAAACACCUGUAUGGGGUCAGAUAGGUAGCAAGGACAAAGGCAAGAACAAAGCGACGGACUCGAACGAGGAGUCCAUGAAAGGUCCUGUCCAUAACAUGAAACGAAACAAACCAGCCACGGGUUGGCUGUGA